AUGGAGCCAGGCAACAUUGAGAACCUAUGCAUUCUGUACCAGAGCCUGGACUUUCUGGUGGUGAACAAGCACUGGGACAUUCGCAUAGACAGCAAGAUGUGGUAUGAGAAAGUGACAGUACAGAGCCAGCUGAAGCACCGAUUCCCCGAGCUGGCUGAUCCAGACACCUACUAUGGGUUCAGGUUCUGCCACCAGCUGGACUUCUCGACUAGCGGGGCUCUGUGCGUCGCCCUUAGCAAAGAAGCAGCCGGACGCGCUUACAAGUGUUUUAAAGAGCGCACAGUCACCAAGGCUUACCUGGCACUGGUCAGGGGCAGAGUUACACAAAGCUGCAUGACCAUCACACUGGCCAUUGGUAAGAACACACAGGAGGGACUCACACACAUGAUGUGUGUGCAAGGGACUGAAGGGUGUGAAAAUGAAAAACCUUGUCAGACUUAUCUGACAGUUCUUCAGCAUGGAUUAUACAAAGGAGAUUCCGUCACCAAAGUGUUGUUACAGCCAUUAACUGGCCGGACGCACCAGCUUAGAGUCCACUGCAGUGCCCUGGGCUAUCCCAUUGUGGGAGACUUUACCUAUAGCUUUAAGAAGGACACUGACCCAUACAGGAUGAUGCUGCAUGCCUACUACCUACAUAUCCCCACCGACCACGAGCUCAUCGAAGUCACAGCUCCUGACCCCUUUCAACCAGAAAGCGACCCCAACUGGACACCGACAGAAACUGUCCAGAGCCUGAGUGAAGCCAUGGGUAACCUUAUCAAUAAGGCCUUGUCUAUGGAGAGUCCUGAAAUGGAAGGCAAGCCACUGAAGCCAAUGGAGAAAAAGAGGGAGACAGAGGAGGAGAGAGCUGUGUGCCAACAGUGGCUGGCGGAGUGGCCUGGGGAAUAA